AUGGCAUCCUCGCUGCCGACCGUGCCGCGCCUCGUCUUCACCAUUGUCGAGCCCCUAUCGCUCCUGGCGGGCUUCCUCGGCGCCGUCAGCGAUCCUGCCUGGUUUGCUGCGGAGCAGGUUCCUGACAAGAUGCCGCUUGCCGUCACACCAAGCAGCGUCGUCCUGGCCCUGCAGCUGGGCAAUCUCUACCUGCUCAUGGCCCUCGUCGGCCUCGCAGUCCUCUUCACCACGUCCGAGAUCAAGGUGGUGCGCAACUACCUCGUCGCGCUGUGGCUCGGCGACAUUGGCCAUGUCGCCUUCAGCUGCCACGGCCUCGGAGCUGAGCGAAUCAUGAAUCCGUCCGCGUGGAAUGCCAUGGCCUGGGGCAACAUUGCCAUGACGGUGUUUUUGUUCAUGAUGCGCUCUGCUUACUUGCUCGGUCUCUUUGGCCCUGAUAAGCCGGCCGAGGCGCCCGGGAAGAAGUCUAUCUGA